GCUGCAAUGAAGGCUGGAGCACCAGGAUGGGGGGGACCCCCUGGCCCCCCGAGCUGUGGGGCGGCCUCUGGGUGGCUGCUCCUGGCCCUGCUGGGGCUCCUCAGCGUUCCUGCGGCUCGUGGUGACUGCGGGCCCCCUCCUGCCAUGACCUACUCCAGGCCCUCCAGCAGCUCCAGCAGCUUCCCGGUGGGCUCCAGGGUGACGUUCACCUGUGCCGAGGGCGCCCGCAGGAUCCCGGGGCUGCCGGACACCGUGGAGUGCCUGCCCGGCGACAUCUGGUCCAGGCUGGCCGAGCCCUGCGGCCGGAGCUGCGCUGCCCCAACCAGGCUGAGGUUUGCCGCCCUGUCCGAGGAGGAUAAGAGGAGGAAUUUCUUCCCUGUCGGCGCCAACGUGAGCUACGUCUGCCGGCCCGGCUACGAGAACUCCUCGCAGAGUUCCCCCUCCAGCACCUGCCUCCAGAACCUGACGUGGUCACAGCCUGCUGAGCUGUGCAGGAGGAGGUCCUGUGGCCCCCCAGGGGCGCUGCCCGGGGGGAGGACGGGGCCCCUCCCGGACCUGCAGCUGGGAGCGCGAGUGGAAGUGCUCUGUGAGGACGGGUACAAAUUAGUCGGGAAUAAUUUCAUCUGGUGCCAGCUGAAAGGAAACGACGUUGAAUGGAGCAAACUUCCGACUUGUGAAUUAAUUACCUGCUCUCCACCUCCUCCAAUCAGCCACGGGAGGCACGAUGGGGAAGGAGUCGAGAGUUUUGCUUAUAACUCCACGGUGACCUACAGCUGUGACCCCAACUUCCAGCUGGUGGGGAACGGCAGCAUCCAGUGUGGGAGCAGGGACAAAAGCAGCGGGGUCUGGAGAGGAGCCACACCUGAGUGCAAAGAGAAAAGCUCAGCUGCCAGACUUGGAGCGAAAGACACGGAGAGCAGAGCUCCUCCCAAGAGUCCCCAGGGAAAGGGAGCCCAGCCCCCUGAGAAGGCUCUCGUGUGGCAGAGGAAGCUCAGCCUCUACAAAAAGGCUCUCCAAAACACCAUCUCCCCCUCCCAGUCCUUCUUCAGGAAACCAGUGAGCAGGAACUGGGCAGCCUCAGAGCUCAGAUUUGUUCUACCUUUGUACAAAUCCCCCAAACCCUAUUCUGGGCCCAGCAAAGCAUCCCUGUGUCCUCCGAAGUACAUGGGGAUCCUUCCCCCGCCUGGCUGCUUGCAGAAGUUAAAACGGCCCAGAUUUCCAUCAUUUUGUGGAAGGAGCUCGUGCACAGCCAGGAGAAGCUGGACGUGGUGGAAGUUCUGGUCCUCCAAAUUCCCCAGCCGCUGCAGAGGAUGAUUUUAUCCAUGAAAAGGGUGAAUGCUGGCUUUGUGGGAAGCGCUGGGAGCCGUAAUUGGGGCACUGGGAGUGGGGAAGACACAACUCGUGCUGGAGGAUCUCAGUCGCUGCUGGGGAUGGUGAGAAGGGCUCCUCUGGUGCCAGGGGCAAGCUGAGUCUGCCCAUCCCUGAGUUUUGCCUUUUUGGGUCAAAACCAGAAAAUCUUCCACCGCUCCUGACCUGUUCCAAAAGUGCCCCAUGCAAUGGUCACAAUCAUUAGGACUCUUUCCCCUUGCUCUGAGGUGAAGGAUGACCUAAAUCAGGUCUGUCCCACCUACAAGAUGCCAUUUUUUAAUGAUGGCAUUUCAGCAUUCCAAGAAAUCCAUAUAAAAUCAUUCCUGAAAGCAUUGGCCAAUUUCCACAUUUGUUCCCAUCCGAGUUUUCCUCUCAGUGACUGCCUCCCAGCAUCCCGAUCCAGCUGCGGUUCCCGCUGAUCCCGCCAGGGCUUCAGAGGCUGCUGCAGAGCUCCCCCGGAGCCCGGCUGGCCCGCCCAGCCUGACGCCGUGUUUCCAGGGCCGCAGGUUUUCUGCUCGCUGGCAACACCACAACAAACCCCAAACACAGCCCCAGCCUCCCUGGGGAGCGAGCUGCUCCCUUAACUUCCCAGGAAUUCCUGGCUGCAGCUGAUCCAGCUUUGGAUCCGGCCGCCAGCCGGGAAAAAGCAAAGCAAGGACAUCCCUGUCCUGCAGAGUUUAGCUCAUUUCUUUUAGGGAACCGUGGUACUUGGGGUAUUACACUGCUUAAUCUCUAUAUCUUGAGGGGCUUAAGCCCUUUCUUUAGCAAUAGCUUCUCCUUGUAUCAGCCCGAAGUUCCUUGCAGUUUUUAUUUCCACCACAGGAAGAUAAAGCCGCGUGUGGGCCGGGUAUCUCUGAUCUCCUAACGCAAAGGAGCCACUUCUGCUUUCCAGAGGGAGGGAGGCAGCUCAGUCCCGCUGUGAGCACGUCAGUGACACACAGACACUGAAAUACAGCUCCUAAACAUCCUCCCCAGGGCUGCCACCCUGCAGCAGAGGGACUGCGAAAGUCGUGUGUGCUCUUUUGGCCGCCUACCCCAAUUUUGUCCUGUAAAGACCCAAAACUCCCACAGCCUUUCUGGCUUUUCAUUUCUAUUCAGUAAUAAAUGGUAAUUGUUUAUAAAGGGUACUCCGUGAAUUCAACUCUCUGCUGCUUUCUCGUUGUAUUUUAUUCUCUUUUUAGGAAGAAAUCAGCUUUAAGGUAUAUCCUGGCAAUGCUCAGAUUCGAUGUUCUGUCA